AGAUGUCUGAGAAGUGUAUCCUAGUCACUGGUGGAGCAGGCUAUGUGGGCAGCCAUUCUAUCAUCGAACUGAUUGCGGCAGGAUACUCCGUCGUUGUCCUUGACAACCUGGUCAAUGCGUGCAUGGAGAGUAUCCGCCGCGUGGAGGAGAUUGUCGGGAAGAAGAUCCAGACAUACAAUGUUGACCUGCUGGACAAGAAGGCAGUGGAAGAGGUGUUCGGCAAGCACAAGUUCAUUGCAGUGAUCCACUUCGCAAGUCUCAAGGCUGUUGGAGAGUCAUGUGGCCGCCCUCUCUUGUACUACAAGGCAAAUAUUGGCGGAACUGUCAACCUUUUAGAGGUGAUGAAGGAGAAUGGGGUCAACAACCUAGUGUUCUCCAGCUCUGCAACAGUGUAUGGAACACCACAGUAUCUGCCUCUGGACGAGAAACACCCAAUCGGGGGAUGUACCAAUCCUUAUGGCAAAACAAAGUAUUUCAUCGAAGAAAUUUUAAGAGAUCUCUCAAAUGCAGAAAAGCAGUGGAAUAUUGUUAUCCUGAGAUACUUCAACCCGAUCGGUGCCCACAAGUCGGGGAAGAUCGGGGAAGACCCUCUGGGCACACCGAGGAACCUGAUGCCCUUUAUAGCCCAGGUGGCAGUAGGGCGAAGGACUGAACUGAAGGUGUACGGCAGCGACUACGACACUCCCGAUGGGACAGGUGUUCGGGAUUACAUUCACGUAGUUGACCUUGCCCAAGGUCAUGUGGCAGCGAUUGAAAAGGUCGAAGAGGGCUGUGCUAUCAAGACCUACAACCUGGGCACUGGACAUGGCUACUCCGUACUGGACAUGGUCAAAGCAUUUGAGAAGGCAUCAGGAAAGUCGAUUCCAUACAGCAAAGUUGAGCGCCGUCUUGGAGACCUUGCCUCAUUUUACGCUGAUGCCUCCCUCGCCAAGGCAGAACUGUCGUGGACAGCACAGAAAAACCUGGAUGAGAUGUGUCAGGAUCUGUGGAGAUGGCAGUCUACCAAUCCUAAUGGCUUCCAACAAGCUGAUGGCAAAUAAUGGCAACUAAUGGCAGGCAUUAAAUAUAUUACAAAUACAGUGUAGUCACAUAGUUCUGAGCAGUAUAGUUGAGUUCAUGUCUUAGAUAUAGUAAGACACUGUAUAACAAAAAUAUAGAACAUGUUUACUGGUAGCUUCCAUUUGUUUUUAUUUAUUAUCAUUGCCCAGUCUGUUUCAAUGCUACUGCAUUCUUGUUAGUUUAGGUCCUGUCUUAAAUAUAGUUAGGGUUAGGGUUAGAGUUUAGGGUUAGGUUUAGGGUAAUAGUUUAGGGUUAGAGGUUAGAGUUUAGGGUUAGAGUUUAGGGUUAGGGUUUAGGGUUGGGGUUACCUUAAGUAUUCCGACUACAUCCAAUACUACUGCAUUCUUGUUAGUUUAGUUCCUGUCUUAAAUAUAGUAAGGCUUUGUGUAACAAAAAUAAAGAACAUAUUUACCGGUAUCU